AUGUUCCACCAGCGUUGCAAGUCGUCUGAAUUCCUACUCGGGAUUCAAAGCUACUCCCUUGAUGAGGGGAAAAGGAAAAGAAUAAAAAAAAAUGACAAGGCUAAAUCAAAGGGAAGAGGAGAAGUACCAUCUGAGAGGACAGAAAAAGGGGACCAUCAAAAUAAGUACAGCUCAAUUGCUAGUAAGUUCGAAAAAGUAAAAACCUUGAGCCACCCCAAUGUGUGCAGUUAUUUCAGUUUAUGUCGAAGGGAAGAUGAUUUUGUAUUAUCCUCUGAGUAUUACUCUCUGUCCCUGUACGAUCUGCUACGCGAGGAGGAAAUGGACUCCGUCGAUUUGAAGUGCGUCCGAAGGGCACUAAAGGGGGGAGGCGGCCGAGGAGUGAUAAGAAGCGAAGUAGUCGGAGGAGAAGUAGCAGUAAGAGGUAAGCAUUGCUCGAGUCUUCCCUACGAGGGGAACACCCCCAGGAGGAAGCUCAUCGAUGCUCAGACUACAAAACAAAUAGUUCAGCAAAUCCUUUCUGCAGUUCACUAUCUUCACUCCAAAGAGAUAAAGCUUCUAAACUUGACGCUGAAAGAUGUACUCGUAACCCCCAAGGGAGAAAUAAAAAUCCACAAUUACUGCUUGUCCUAUCUGUUUGGUAACUACUUCUGUCGUCCCCCUGAUCGGUGUGACAAUUUUGUUAGGAGCCUAUUGAGGUUGCCCCUGCCCCAGACGGAUACUAUGACCAAUGUGAAGGGGGAAGAAGAGGAAGGAGAAGGGAAAGGCGGCGAAAAAAGGAGACCCACACGAAUGAAUAUCCCCCGUGCAGACAACCCCUUUGUUAGUAACGCUCUGUAUUUCCCCCCUUUUUUCCUGCUCAACGAUUUAGCGAAUGGUAAAAAGAGGGCGCCGCCUAACUAUGACGUGCUCAAACAUGUGGAUGUCUUCACCGUGGGCAUUAUAAUCCUACAGCUGGUGAACGGCAUAUUCCACUUUGACUUCCUCGUGACGAAUUGUCAACCCGUCUGUGACGAGUCCACCUCGGAGAAGAACCCUCUCUUGAAUGAAUUUCACGAAAUUGUAGGGACCCUCCAGGGGAUGCGGCAACAGAGCGAAGAAGCGUCGCUGCCAAGUGGCAGACGCACCGAUGGUGAUGAGACUUCCCUUUACAUUGACAAACCAGCGGAAGGGGAAGGCAUGUUGGAAAAAGUGAAGACCAUCUUUGUCUUCCUUCUCUACACGAAGGUUUAUCAGCUUCUUUCAGAUGUGAGCGCUGCGCAGGAGAUCAGUCUCCUGGGCAUGAAUGUGUACGUCCUCUUUCGCGCAUUUGGGAAGGAGCACCAUCAGGGCAGCGGGAAGAGAAGCGCCAAGAGAAGCCCAAAGAACAACGCGAAGAAGUCCGCCCAUGUCAACCUUCUGACCUACCGGGUUGUGAAGAUCCUCAUUGAACUUCUGCUCAACGUCAAGGUAACUAUCCGAUUUGUCAAAUGGGUGGAGAAGAUCCUAUCUGAGUUUUUCACCCUACAUGUUUUGAAGCAAAACGUGGAGAAAAUAAUGUACCAGGGUGAUACAGAGAAUGAGAAGAUUUUCUUUUUUAACCUUCUCCACAAGUGUCUGUCUUUACGAGGUAGUGAGAAGAAUAGUUCCUCUUCUCUCCUUUCUCAUCCGUACUUCUAUCCCCGGGGGAGUGUACCCACAUGGCCUGGAAGCACAAGCGUUGUUAUGAAGCAGUGGGGAAGGGAACAACAACAAGGGAGGACUCCCGAACAGGGGAAGACAGCAUCAAAUUUUUUACCCCAUUCGAAGGAAGAAAAAAAAUUCGAAGCGACCCAUUACGACCAUUACAAGCAUUACAACCCUUACGUAGUAGAAUACGUCCGAAGUAAUCUCAGGGAAGACCAGCUAAAGAGCAGACAUUUUAUCGUGACAAAGGACAUACAUCUCUGGUUUGAUAUGCUGUAUAAAAUGGACUACUUCAACGAGCUCCUCUACCUAAAUGGGGUUAACAACGCAUGUAGCAUUUUGAGAUUGCCUUACAUAGUUUAUACAAAGAAGAAGCAUUUUUACGAGUUAUUUUUUUUCCGCUUUUAUAAGCUCCUUCUGUUGGGGAGAUACCAGGGGGUGCUUAAUGUGUACUCGCAUUUGGUCAGAGGGAAUUCCAAUGUAAGGUGUUCAGGACGAACUGGGAGCUUCGGCUGUACCGACAGAAAGGUGAAGUGCCGUGCGGAAUUGUUCACCGGAGGUACAUGCACAAAUGGAUAUACCUUCUGUGUGAAGGGGAGAAGAUUCCUCAUGGGUGGGAAGAACAAACUUGGUAGCAUCACUCAAGCGGGUGUCCCUUUUAUGAGAGAUAAAACUUCAGAGAAUAAUCGGCUACAAACAAAUGUGUACCCUUUCGAUGGGGUGGCCGUCGCCAAAGAGGAGCAGCGUUAUAGAGAUGUUACACCAAACCACUUGGGUGAAGUAGCAACGCACGAGGAGGGAACUUCCCAUUCAUUCUUUUUCAACAUUCCCACGGAAGCGAAAUAUACGUCCCUGCCGCUGCGCGAUUCCGGCGCGAAGAGAGUGCUGGGGGUGAGGCUAGUUGAAUUUUACGACGCGUUGGAGGAUGCAUAUAGGUUAGUCCAUUCGAAGGUGGAAAGUGGUGGAUGCGACCCAGUGAAUAACGUGACAUGCGUGUACGAGAAGGAUCACUCCUUCCUGCACCAGUAUAGCCUCCACAUAAAACUACAGAAAUUGCUAACAUUGGACCCGCUCAACAGCGACGAAUUAGAGAAAGAGGUGAGGAGAGGAUUUCCAGCUCACAUGCGGGGGAUAGCCUACCUGACGCUACUUGGGUAUAAGUACUACUUGUUGGUGAGGCAGGCACCGGGGAAGAAAAAUAAAAUUAGACGAUUAAUUUGUGAGGCUCGUUUGAAGGAGGAGGGAGCAGAACUGUCAGUUAAGCAGUUAGGAGAAAGCCCACUGGUGGGGGGCUUGACCAGGGAGACGCAGCAAGGAAACUCGUCAGAAAAUUCGGGAUCGAAACGGAGGAUUUACCACUCGAGUGGAAACAUAGAUCGAAGCAAUGAUAGAGAUGGCGGGGUGGGAGAUGCAAAAGAGGGGACCAUCCAUAACCACCCCUUCGCUAGAGACAAAUCGUCGCUUCAGUACUUUCUUCAAAAACGCAGGAAAUACAACGACCUGGUGGGAAGCCCCCAAAUUGGGAAGAGAAUGCUGACGGUAGAACUACUACUUAAGAUAAAAUUGGGGGUAAGAAAUAAACACCUGAGGAGUUUACUCCUUCCAUUAUGUCUGCUCUACUAUGAUAGUACUUACUUAUGCUACAAGUGCAGCAAACGGGUGGUGCAGAAUUAUCUGCUGGAUCUAUACUCAAGUGGGAAGAAAUGGAGGGAAUUCGCGUACACCUUUAAUUGUCUGCUAAGUUAUUACGCCCCCGAAUUGACUUUAUUUUUUUUUAAAAACGACAUCAACGUGGAGAGGGUGGUUUAUAGUUGGGUGUGCUCCCUAUUUUCUAACUUCUUCGAUGCGCAAAAGUUUUUUUGGUUACUUGAUAGGAUUCUUACUCAACCAAGAUGUUACCUUUUCUUUGUCUGCGUGAGUAUUUUGAUUUACCUAAAAAGGCACAUUGUUAUGAACAUGUCCAGGGAUAAUUUUUACAAGAAUAUAUUUUUGCUAUCUCGUUUGGUGAACCUAAAUUUCGUUUUGAAGACCUCCAUGGAUAUGUUUACCAGCUCGCCGAUGACGCAGGUGCAGUUUCCUCAAGUAGACAGCAGCCUUGGGGAAGAAAGGAACACCCAGGAGGGAGCGAAGAAUCCCACCAAUCCUGCCGCGGACCGGCUUGAAAAUCAACGAGCCCAUAUUAACUACCUGCCCUAUCUCCUCGGGGACGCCAACUGGGUGCGCUAUUACGUGCAUAAGGACACGUUUACGGUGUACUGGAAGAAAGGCGGUAGUAUCUCCCCAGGUAGGGUCAACGGCAACGGUGCGAGAGGGGGACAGGCUCCCUCAAAAGGGAUGACAAUUUUAACGAAAAAAAACGGCUUGGUCGGUAGGACAAAUAUUAAGUCGUUAAGGGGAAGAGCAAGUGAAGCGGAAAAAUUAACGCUUCAAAAGUUAAAGCUUGCAAAAUUGAAACUGAAAAAAAUAAAAAGUAAAAAAUUAAACGGUGACAACUGGGGGGAAAGUGGCGACUCUGCCAGCUUGCUCUCACCAGCAGUCGCACAGGGAGAUCAAAGAGAAGACACACAAAGGGGAAAGACAAAAACGCGAAGCGUCGCGCAUCACUGCGAAUUAUUCUUACGAAAUUACAAGAUAAACAAAAAAAUAAAAGACUUAAGUGAGUUCUCUCACUAUGGAACGGAUGUCUUGACAAAUUAUAAAUGUGAAGAUAAAAAGAUGGGAAAAAAAAAAAAAAUAAAAAAUAAAAGCAGCGAAAGCAAGUGUGUGUACUACAAGUUAACAAAGAAAAACGUUAAAAAGAGAUUCAAAAGGGAAGAUCUUGUUAGGCUGUGUAACUUUCCCAUGUUUCCAUUUGUAUACGUCACAAACUUAGCGAAGGAAUUAUCCCUUGAUAAUUACCUAAUUGUUGAUAUGAGGUCCCCAGAGGAGUUUAAAAAAAAAAGACUCAAACAUUCUGUGCACGUUAACACGUUUUUAAUCAAUUUUAAAAAAGGAGUUUAUAUCAACUACACAGAUGGUAGUGACGAGGUGGACACCCACUUGAAGACGAUUAUCCUCGCGUUUAGCAGAUCCAUUUUUGACUUUGAUGCCAUUUACAAUUUUUUGAACUUAAAAAUUAAGCGUCUCACCAUUCUGUGGGGAGGUUUGGACUGCGCCUUCAGUGGCUUGCCGGCGAGUUGCUUCACGUAG